CACCAAACCCUAGAGAGAACUCUGUUGAAGACGGCGAACAUGACGUCAUCUAGAGGAAAGAAGCAGGUCGUGAAGAAGAUGAUCCCGUGCUGCAUGAAGAUGGGGAUGAAGAGAGGACCAUGGACGGCGGAGGAGGACGAGAUUCUUGUGAGCUUCAUCAAGAAAGAAGGCGAAGGAAGGUGGAGAUCGCUUCCCAAAAGAGCUGGUUUACUCCGAUGUGGUAAAAGCUGCCGUCUACGGUGGAUGAACUAUCUACGGCCGUCUGUAAAACGCGGCGGUAUCACUCCCGACGAGGAAGAUCUCAUCAUCCGCCUUCAUCGCCUCCUUGGCAACCGGUGGUCACUGAUCGCGGGAAGGAUACCGGGAAGGACUGAUAAUGAGAUUAAGAACUAUUGGAACACUCAUCUUCGUAAGAAACUCUUAAGUGAAGGCAUUGAUCCUCAAACCCACAAGCCUCUUGAUGCAAAAAAUGCUCAUCAUAAACCCGGAGAAGAAGUUUCCGGUGGACAGAAUCUUCUAGAGCCUAAUUCUAGUUCUCACACUGAUGACACCACCGUUAAUAGCGGAAAUGAAGCUACCAAGAUCACUUUCAGUGUCUUUGGUGGUGAAGACAACGAAGACUUUGGUUUCUGUUACGAUGAUAAAUUUUCUUCGUUUCUAAAUGCGCUUAUCAAUGAUGAUCCUUUUGAUAGUAAUAUUCCAUUGUCCCAGCCGUUUCGGACGCAAGAUUGUACUGGUGAGAUUGUUGGAACGUCGUCUAGCUUAGAACAUGGCCAGAGAAUAGAAGAUAUAUGAUUUGAUCGAUCGUGAUGCCUUCUAUAUCUACCAUGCCUCAAGAAGUGUGUACUCAUGUGAUUUCAAAGGUCGGUAUAUAUAUGUGUGCUAAGUUGUUUUGUGGCGAUCUGUGUGAUUACAAAAUAAAUAUAUACCUCAUAUAUAUGUAAACAUACUCAUAUAAGUCGGUAUAUAUAUGUGUGGUAAGUUGUUUUGUGGCAAGGUUUGAGUUCUGAUUCUUGUUUAGUAUUUAAUCAAGUGCAAUGUGAAAACAAAAUUACGAUAUUAUUUGUUUAAUCUCCAUAAUAAUUGCAUCCGUUUGUAUAAUGCAUCUAAAAGGCUACUUAACCCUAUUUGGGAAAAGUUUACAUACAAAGAGGAUGCACUCCACUUUCAUGUAAUUCUAAAUUUGAAUCAAAACUCAAACCUUGCCAUUCUUAAGUUUGUUAAUCGCGAGUAUGUACUUGCAUGUAUAGAUGAAUUCAUAUGGGUUGUAUAAUAAGUUGAAUACUCUCAUUUCUUAAGUGCUUCACAUUAUCACAUAUAUCUCUAUAUAUGUUUCUACUUUCUAGUCCAGUGUUUUGAUUGAUGAUUAUAUAUAAUUUUAUGUUACUAAGAUGUACGUAUAUACAAGCAUUUCAAUCACAAGAAUGUAUGUAGUUGCAUGUAUAGAUAAAUUCACUUAAAAAAAAGAUGAAUUCUCAUAUAUAUAUGGCUUGGUUUGUGUAAUAAGUUGAAUUCAUAGAUUAUGUAAUUCGCAUUUAGCUUUAUAUAUUGUUUCUACUUUCUAGACUAGUGUUAAUUGGUGAUUAUAAUUUCAUAUAACUAAAAUGCACGUAUAUGCGUAAUGCAAUGCAUUUUAUUAUGCAGAUUCAAUGUUUAUGUCUACUUAUUCAUUAUCUCGUUGGUGAUUGGUCCAUGCGUUAUCAUUCCGUCAAAUCGAAACGAACACCAUGCCGUUUUCACACUGAGCCUUUUACACGUUUCCUCAUUUACGGAUUCACAAAAACGAACUAACGUAAGCAAAAGUAGGCCCACAUAAUCCGUAUUGGGCCUAAGUGGCGUUUACUGACCUACUAAAGCCUACGAAAUUAGAACAUAGAUCAAGCUUAAUAGUUGUUCAAAAAAAAAAAAGAUCAAGCUUAAUAUAAUACCACUACAUCCAAUCGUUACAAGCCGUUAGAGUAAUUGACGUUUACAUAAGUUGACCUAAGCGAACUUCGCAUGCGAGUGAUCUUCUCUUUGACCCUUCGGUCCACAUCACAGCAGCAAAAUUAAAUAACUGUAUAACUGAAAUUCUUUGGCAUAACCAAACGAUCUAGACCAAGAAACAAUGAUAUCUUAUUGAAUAAUUUCUUAUUGUAAGCUGUAUUCUUAAGAUCUUUUGAUUUAUUGCUCGAUAUAGUCAUUUGUAGAUUGGAUACUGGAUUUAUCUCCUAGAUCUCUCGUUGUACCAUUAAACGAAAAAACUUUAUGAAGUUGUGACUAGAAAACUCAAGAACAAGAUUUCAAUGAAGAACAUUAUAACCGACAAAUAAGUCGAGUAUAUCUGUAUAUGCAUAAAAUACAUAACAUGCAUGAAACAUACACAUUCAUCUGCAUAUACAGACACAUCUAGUACAUGCAAUUAUGUCAAUAAUCAAAAUAAAAUAACAAACAAAAUGGAUGAGCAUU